UAAUUUGAUUUCAUUAUGGUUAAAGAGCUCACUCUGUAUGGUUUCAAUUAUUUUAAACUGCUUGAGGCUCGCUUAAUCACCCAGAAUAUGGGUUGGUGAAUGUUCCAUGGCCCUUGGAAAAUGUGUACUCUGCUGCUGUUCGUGGGAGUGUUCUCUAUAUGUCAGUUACAUCCUGUGGGUUGAUGGCCUUGCUCAGUCUUCUGUAUUCUUGCUGAUUGUCUAGUAGCUCUAUUAGCUGCUGAGAGUCAGAUGUUAAACUUCCCACCUAUAAUUGUGGAAUUGUUUCUCUCUCCUAUCAACUCUGUUUUUGCUUCAUAUAUUUUAAGGCUCUGUUGUCUGCAGCAUACACAUUUAGGAUCACAACAUCUUCCUCAUGGAUUGAUCCUUUUACAUUAUUUAAUGUUGCUCUUUGACUUGCAAUUUUCUUUCAUCUGAAGUCUACUUUAUAUUAAUAUAGCCACUCCUACUUUAAUUAAUGUCUGCAUAAUACAUCUUUUUCCUUCCUUCUACUUUCAUCUUACCUGUGGUGUUGAAUUCAAAGAGAGUUUCUUAUAGAUAACAUAUUGUUGGAUUCUGUGUUUUUAUCUACUCUGCCAGUCUCUACCUUUUGUCAUAUUUAGACUAUUCACAUUUAAGUAAUAUGUUAGGACAUGCAUCUGACAUUGUUUGCUUUCUUUUUGUUUUCUCUGUUUGUUAUUCUUCUGUUCCCUUUCCUUACCUAGUUGUGGGUAACUCACAUUUUUAGGAUUCCAUCUUAUUUGUAGUAUUUAUUGUAUAGUUUUCUUAGUUGUUGCUUUAGGUUUUACAAUACAUGUAUGUAACCUUCCAUGGUCUAUUGGUAUCAAUGUUUGCCAAUUUGAGUGAAGUUUAGAUACCUUACUGUCAUUCAGGUCUUUUUAUUCUUCCCACUUUUUAUGUAUAGUGAGCUUAAGUGUUUUCACUACAUAAAAAGAGAACUGUAUCAGAUGGUCAUAUAACUUUUGCUUUAACCAUCAAAUAUGAAUUUGGCAACUCAUGAAUUGAAGGAUAUUUAUUAUAUCUUUCCUAAUUUCUAAAAUCUACUUUAAUGUUUUCCUUUUCUUUCUAAAGUUCCAAGUCCUUUUGUUGUUGUUGAUUUCCUUUCCUUUUAGCGAAUUUCUUUUAGGUACUCUUUAAAGAUACAACAAAUUUUCUUAGUUUUCCUUUGUUUGCUAAGUACUUAUUCCUUUCACUCCUUGGAGGACUUUUGCCACAUAUUGAAUCUACAGUUGACAGUUCUUUUCCCUCAGUACUUUAAAAACCAGUCACUCCCUUCUGCGUCCUAUGGUUUCAGGUGAAAGCUCAGCUGACUUGAAUUGGUGUUGCCUCAUGAACAACAUUUGAUUUCUCUCCAGCUGCUUUCAAAAUUUAUUCUGCCUUUUUUUUUUGAUGUUUAAUUAUGAUGUGAUUGGCAUGAACUUUUUCGGGUUUACGAUUCUUGAGGUUUGCUUAACUUUUUAAAUCUGCAGCUGUAUGUCUUUUGCCACAUCUGGAAAAUUUUCGCUAUGAUUUCUCUAAAUGCUUUUCCAAUGGCUCUUGUGCCCUGUGAUGUAAGGGGAGGACUGGGAAAGGGAAGUCCCUCCCAGCCACACCAUCUCUGCAUUGAGGCGCGCUCCAGCUCCUGUGAAAGGGGCACCCGCAGCAGCCCGGGCAGUGCUCUCCAGUCAAGCGGGGCGUUUCCAGCCGGCUCUGUCCUGGGACACAGCCCGGUCAGGAGAGGGGAGCCACACCACUUAUUUUACCGAGAAAACGUCAUGAGAAGAAUGUAGCUGAGAGGUUAAAGAGAGGACUCUGAGUCACCAUGAGGUAUCCACUGUCGGCUGCGGCCACGCGUCUAGCGCAGAGGGCACGAAGGGCAGGGCUUGGAGCUCUUAGGCCUCAGAAGGCCGCGGGGAGGCCAGUGCACCUCCUGCCUGGGCUGGGAGCUGCUGGCUGCUGUGCGGGGCACCGGCAAGGGCCGACGUCACAAAGAGGUCGCAGACGUCACAAAGAGGUCGCAGACGUCACAAAGAGGUCGCUUCCUUCACACCGACUUCACAGAGAGGUCACUUCCUUCACACCGACUUCACAAAGAGGUCGCUUCCUUCACACCGACUUCACAAAGAGGUCGCUUCCUUCACACCGACUUCACAAAGAGUUCGCUUCCGCACGUGCAGGACUCAGCAGCAAGGGCGUGGGACGCGCAGGCGCCGGGAGCCCACGGGGCGGAGACCGGAGCGAGCCCGCCCUUCUCCAGCCGCGCGGCCUUUCAUUCGCGCCCCCUAUCGGCAGGGCCAGCGGGGCCGCAGAAGCGUGGCUCGCAGGGCCCAGCCGCAUGCACGGAGCUGAGCGCGCGCUGGCCUGUGUGGAGCCCAGGCAAGAACGGAGUAAUUGGUACAGAGGAGGCUUUGCGUUUUCAGGAAUGCACUGUCCCCUUUCCAGGAGCUCUGCAAGUGAGCAGGAAUGCCAGAAAGUAGCCUGUGCAGAGGCAGGAGAAUGGGAGUCCGCCACAGACUGUCUCUUUCUCCCCGCCGGCCAGAGUCUCAUCCAGCCCUGGGGAAGGAAGACACCUGGUUGCAAUCACGCACCCCACCACCUGUCCAGAUCUUAGCUCGUGGCGUCACCCCUGAGGCUGGAGCAGUCUCUGAAGAGGGACUGCACAGUUCCACGGGGAACUGUGGAGGAAAACACAGGCCUGGCCUGCCAGCAAGGGAGCAAAGGGGCAGGGGAGUCCCAGAAAACGCUCUGGUCAGUAGACGCUUGAAGAUAAAACUCCGCCAUAGAAGGAGAGAGUCUGUGGCUCUGGAUACAUUCUAAAGAGCUCUGUGACCUGAAAGAGGUUGAGAAGUUAUAAAGAAACAUGUGAAUUAAAAUGGAAGAAAGGGACAAUUGGAAGCAUAUCUGAGGUAAGAAAGAGGUUUCCUAUUGUUUCUCAUAAAAGCAUUCUCAGGGGACCUCUGUUGCAGCUGCAGCAGGAACCCAUAUUUAAACCCACAUCAUUUGGUACCUGGAAGUGGAGUGCUUGCCCCUCUUCUUAUGGUUUGAUCCUGCCCUUGUGGAAAAUCCCAGCUCAAUCAACACCCUACAUGCAGUGCAGUUUACCCUCUCCUCCCCUCCUGCCUCAUCCUGCAGGUCUCUCCAGGCUUCACCUCAGGCUCUCCUUUCAGCUGGGAUGCUGCAGGCCCCACCCAGUCAUUGCAGGACAAUAGCAUCUUGUCUUUCAAAGUCUCAGUUGGAGCCACACUUAAUUUGGGAACCCUCUGAUUACCCUCAGUUGGCUUCUCCACCAUGAUCCCUGUCAUCUGUGUUCCUUUCUCUAACGGUUCUGACCACGCUGUUUUAUAAGCACCGGCUUUGUCUUUCUCCCUUGCUAGACUGUGCCCUCCUUGAAGGAAGCAAGCAUGGCUUUCAUCCUCAUAUCCCCAGCCCCCAAGGGCAGAGUCUCACCCUGCAGAGAAGCUCAGGAGAUGUGCGUUGCAGGAGCACAGCUGCUGCGACUCUGCCUGCUCCAAGCAGCUGUGCAGGAGUCACUGUCUGCACUGCAGCUCUGAGGUGCCCAACCCUCGUGGUGCUUCGGGGUGCUGUGUGGUUGAUGCCGGCACCCUAGGCGGGUGGGAAGCUACUUGGAAACAGAGCCUGUUUUCAUGUUCUCUAACUCACAAAAAAGCCCAGCCCACAUAAUUCCUUGUGAAUGCCUGUGAGGGACAGGGCAGGGUCCAGAUGGACAUCAGUAAAGGGGAGCUGAGCCCCUCUAGUGUUUGCCAUAUCUCCAGGAGCAGACACUGCCACUGAGUCUUCACAGAGAUGGGAUUAAGAAAGAAAAUUGAAAUUUUUGGAAAGAAAUGCUUGAGUCUUAAUGCCAGCCAUCAAGGAUUUAAAUGGUCUUUUAAUGAUGUCAACCACAUCAGGUUUGCAAAAGUGUAUCAGGAAGGGGGUCCUGCCACAACCAGCAGAUCCAGCCCAGGAAGUGCCCUCCUUCCCCAGCCUGAGAGUACUCUCCCUCACUCAGACACAGGGCUGGGGUUACCUGUGAGGAAAAUUUCAUCACGACGUGUGCCUGGGAAGGUGACUUUGUCUCUACUCCUCAGAGACUGCAUUCCCAUCACCGAGAGGCAACAGGCAGCCAGGCUGGGGAAGCUUCUUCAUUCUCUCAAGCAGCACAAGCAGGAAACAGUGAGACCUCCAGGGAGAAAUGUAACUGCAAUACAUCAUUAGAGGACAUCUAAAUAGUUGGAGAAGCAGUCUAUAUUCAUGGAUCAGAAGACUAGCGCUGUUUAGAUGGCAAUGCUUCCCAAUUGACCUACAGAUUCAAGGCAGUCCCCAUGAGAAUCUCAGGUAACUUCCUUAUAGGAAUUGAGAAGCUGAUUCUAAAAUGUAUAUGGACUUGCAAGGGACCCAGAAGAGCUAAAAUAAUCUUGAAACAGAAGAAUAAGGUAGGUGUACUCAUACUUCCUGAUUUCACAACUCACUACAAAGCAAAAGAAAUCAAGACGAUAUGAUCCUGGCAUUAAGAAAACAGAGAGAUCAAUGAAAUGUCAUGGAGAGAGUCCAAAAAUAAAUCCACACAUUUAAUAGUCAACUGAUUUUUGACAAUGGUGUCAAAACCAUUCAAUGAGUAAAGAAUAAUCUUUUCAACAAAUGGUACUGGGACAAAUGUAUGCAGCCAUAUGCAAAAGAAUGAAGUUGAACUCUUACUUCACUCAAUUUAAAAGUUAACUUUAAAUGGAGCAAAGACCUAAAUAUAAAAAGCAAAAUCAAAGAAAUCAUGGAAGAAAAAGUAGGAUUAAGUCUUCAUGAUCUUGAAUUUAGCAAAGGAUUCUUAGAUGUGAUAUCAAGAGUACAAGCAAUAAAAAAUUAUACUUUGUCAAAAUUAAAAACUUUUGUGCUCCAAAGGAAACCAU